AUGAAGGUCACUGCUUCCGUUGCUAUGAUUUUUGCGUCUGCUGCGCUGGUCGCGGCUGCGCCUACUGACAAGAACGUUGCUGAGCGUGCUAUUCUUGUGGCACUUCCCGCUUCUCAAGCUCCUGCAGUCGGCACUCCUGUUGCCAACCCUGGAGCCCAAGUCCCCGUCGUCGCUGUGCCUGCUCGUGGCAACGGCACUGCUGUGGAAGACGGCAAGAACAAGGGUAAGGAAGGCGAGAAGAAGAACGGUGAGAAGAAGAACGGUGAGAAGAAGAAUGGCGAAAAGAAGGGCGACAAGAACAAGGGUGGAAACGUCAACGGUGGCCAGCGUGGUAACGGCACCGAGGUUGCUAACCCGGCCGAUGGCAACAAGAAUGGCAAUAAGAACGAAGGUGCCAACAAGGGCAAGGAGGGUCAGAACGGCAAUAAGGAUGCCAACAAGGGACAAGAAGGAAACAAGGACGCCAACAAGGGCAAAGAUGCCAACAAGGACGCCAACAAGGGCAAAGAUGCCAACAAGGACGCCAACAAGGACGCCAACAAGGGCAAAGACGCCAACAAGGACGCCAACAAAGAUGCCAACAAGGGCAAAGACGCCAACAAGGAUGCCAACAAAGAUGCCAACAAGGGCAAAGACGCCAACAAGGAUGCCAACAAAGAUGCCAACAAGGGCAACGAGGGCAAGAAGGGUGCUGAUGCCAACAAGGAUGCCAACAAAGGACAAAACGGUAACAAUGGUCAGGACGCAAACAAGGGCAAAGAGGGUCAGAACGGUAACAAGGAUGCCAACAAGGGAAACAACAAUAACAAUGGUCAAAACGGCCAGAACGGUAACAAGGACGCCAACAAGGGACAAAAUGGCCAGAACGGCCAGAAUGGCAACCAGCAGCAGCAGCUCAACGAUCUCCUUGGCCUCAUUGCUGGCCUCCAGGGUGGUAAUGCCGCAGGCAACGGUGCUAACGGAGCCAACGCUGGCAAUGCCCAAGCCAUCAUCGAUCAGCUCACUGCCCUUCUGGGCAACGCUGGUGGUGCAGGCGGCGCAGGCGGCGCAGGCGGUGCAGGCGGUGCAGGCCAGACUAUUGCCAUCCCCAUUGGCCUGUAAGAGUAUUCACUCUGCUUCAGAAGGCUACUUAGAUGUAGCCUAUGCCUUCUGACAAGAUAAACCAUGAAAAGACUAGAGUGUGCGCGAGCAAAGUUGACGAGCUUGUAGUAUAUGCGUGGCCAAAUGUGACAAAUGUACACAUUGUGAAAUAUAUUACCCUCUAUAUAAACUCCAAAUGUUCCCUUCUCAUUAUGUGCAAAAGCAGAGCAUGUCGACCAUGCUUCUUCCUCCAUGUAAUCAUUCUGCGUGUCUUUCGUGACAUGAAAAUUCCAAUCGAAUCAUGGCCAAGGGGGCCCAAGAGUAUAUCUCAAACCGGGUACAAUGCUCUCCGGGCAAGAAAGCAUAAAUGCUAAAAAUCAUAUGCAGCUGAAAAUGUCGUCAUUGCAUUACAUGCACCCUCAUCCAUGAGCAGCGCUGUUUCCUCCUCCGCUUUUUAUAUCUGCCGUCGUAAUAAAACAAGAAAAUUGUGUGAAAUCGCUUCAAAUGCAUCGAAUCAAAAUAGCACGGCGACAGUGCAGAUAGUCGCCUAGAUUGGGUCGGCACACGGUGCUUUGCCCGCUCUCUGCGGAGCGGCUCGCCAGACAGCUGAGCUUGGAGGCAAGCGUGCGCGGCCGACCCGAUCAAUCUACUAUCUCGGCGGUGGUGCCGGUGCUUCUGCUGGAGCUUGUAGUUGAGCCGUAGCUGCCGCGGACCAUGUGUACUAGAUGCCAGAUGCCGAAGGAGAUGCCAGCCAGUACAACAAAGAGGACGAUGAUGAUGACGGCAAUGACUUGGUUCCCUUGGAUACCCAUGGUGAAUGUCGGUGUAUGUGUUGUUGUGUGAGGGAGGGGUGAAAAGAUGGGACCCGUCUAAUGUAGAAUUGCCAAUAGAGAUACAGUGGCAGCAAUAGCAGCAGUGUAGACUCGACUGUGCUGUUCCUCUGGCGAUGGUGUUUUGGGCGACGGCGGGGUCGACUAGAAGCGGAUCGAGGGUUGUCUUAGAUCGGCCGUUGAGCAGGAAUGCAAAUUCUCUUAGUGUGGAAGCAGAGAGUAUAGCAGACUAUUUGACGAUGGAAAAAUGAGAAUAGAUUUGUCUUUUGGAUGGAAUGCAGAUAGAUGGGCUGCUUGGUGGGAAAACCAGC